ACCAUGCUGAACGUGCUGCUGCUGUGCUGUGGGCUGCUGCAGGGGAUCCAGGCCGCCCUGGAUCUCAGGAGUGCUGACCUCAGCUGCGGGCAGCUGCAGAGGGCGAGCGGCGGGCUGGAGCGGGCGGACAGAGCGCGCCCGGCCGGGCUGCAGCGCAAGGGCAAGGAGGCGCCUGCGGGGCCGGCAGGAGCUCUCCCGAGGCUGGGGUUUGAGCAGAUGGCCCUGGGGGUCCAAGAAGCUGAUGGUGACCUUGUGCAGAGAGGCAGCCUGCUGGAACCACAGGCAUCCUCCACAGAGCUGCAAGCCGAGGGCCGCGAGGAGCGCUCCCCGCGCCGCUGCGUGCGGCUGCUGGAGUCCUGCCUGGGCCACCAGGUGCCCUGCUGCGACCCCUGCGCCACCUGCUACUGCCGCUUCUUCAACGCCUUCUGCUACUGCAGGAAGAUCAGCACCGCCUUCCCCUGCGGCAAGAACUAGCGCCGCCGGGGCUGCCGGCUGCUGGCCCCCGCGCGUGCCCCCUGCCCUGCAGCUCCAAUAAAACAGCCCUUUGCAAAAGCCACUGCCGGCGGCAUCGGUGCGGCGCGUCCCGGGCUCUCAGGGGGUGGCAGCAAGGUGAGGGUGGCCUGGGCAGUGUCACACAGCUGACACCCCGGGUGUGCCUCUCCUGGAUCCCGUUUCAGCAGCAGGGGCGCCCCAGGGGAUGUUCUGGCAAUGCUGCUGCUCCCCACAGAGUCGGGCUCGUUCCUCGGCGUGCACCGAGCCAUAAUGGCACCUCCAGAGGGACACCGAUGGUUUAUCUCAGAGCUGCCCCAGCCUGGGUGCUCGGUGCUACUCCACACACCCAGCACAGCUUUCUGUGCCACUAUUUACACAAAGUUCGGGGUUAGUGACUUCCUGAGCACAGCCCCUCUGCUAAGAUUGGUUAGGAAUUCCCAUAGAAAUCACGUAACUCCAGAUAACUUCUGCUCAUGCUCAGGGGAAGGAUCUUCACCUCAGCCGGGUCUUUUUGACCCUGCAGGUGUGAUUGUCAGUGUUCCAAUGAAGACAGCUCGGCUCUAGGAUACAUGGACCUCGAGUAUU